AAAAAUCUUUAAUAACAUGAGGUAAACAACACCGCAUUAAAUUGGGAAAAUACCAUACCUAAGGUUCAUAAACACAAACCAUGAACCCGAAGACCCACCCCCCAAGCAGAUUGGACCAUGUCCCUUCCCUUUGGUUCUUGAGUCCAAUAACCCAGUCACCCCCCACACAGUUUCUGCCCUUGGUCAAUGCAGCCCCCCCAAAGUACAGAAGUUCCUCCGCUGAGUCUACCUCCCAGCAUAGGUGGAAGGGUGGGGUAUUGUUGGUGUCAUUAGGCAUAACCCUAGGUAACUCGGGAGGGUGGAAGACCACGAGUGUCAAUGAAGCCUUCCUGCACUAGGCCUAAAUGAACCAAAGUCCUUCCAUGUUUAAACUCUAAUCGACCUUAAAAGCCAGAUGCAGAAAUUGGAAUCUGUAACAGCCAGUUAUCAGGUGCAGCACCGCUCAUACCGAUGCUAAGCGGUAAUAAUGAGGCCUGCAUACUUCUGGCUGAAAGGCAAAACAACAAAUCAAAGGAAAGGGACAAGAUAAUAAUUCAAAGAGAAGUUAAAACAAGCUGGACUUAUAGCCGUCAAGAUGAUUUAACUGCUUAAAUGUAAUUGCUUGCUACUUGCUUAAUGUAAACUAUUAUAGGAGGAAGGGGGGAAGAAGGGAAAAGCUUAGCUGCAAAAUGUAUAAAAAGAGAAAAGCUGCUUAUGAUGGUGUGCUUGAUCUGAGACGUGCCCAUCUCCUUGCACCGCUUUGAGAUCUCAAAUAAACUUUGACUGCUUCUCCACCCUGUUGUGUUCAUUGGCGUGAAGCACACGGGGCAACAAACCCUGCUGUUGCUUUCCUUGGGCACUCUGUGCUGGCAACAGUCUGGGGCACCUUAUGUGCUCCGUUGCUCAUGUUGACGGUCAAUUGGCAUGCCUCUCCGUGGGGUUCUGCUGCAGUCUUCACCACAAGCCGCUCCUCUCUGCCAGCCGUCCCGUUAGCCACUCACCAAUAUAUCUUCAGGCUCCCCCCCUACUUAACACAGCGCUCAGUGAUUUCAGCUCUUAGUAAGUUUAGCUCUUUAGUGAUUUCAGCUGGUAGUAGGGGAGCCUCAGUGCUGGUGCACCACUAGCCCAAAGUAGGUCUAAUACUUAGACCUGGGUAUUGUGAUUUCAGCUCUGCAGCAUGUAACAAUAUUCCUAAUGAAGUCAAAAUUAGCUCUGUUAUUACACAGUGGAGAGAGAAGUCAAAGUGGCGUUUAGGGCCCUCAGAAGGGGCCUACACUACCAGAUACAAAUACCUGUCCCCAGCCUCUCUCAAUUCACUGGAUUUUGGAACCCAUGUCCCUUGUCUAGCAAGAGCUACUUAGUUGACGGCAAGUCCCUCCAUCAUAAAGUGCCAACUACAGUUCUACUGUCCUUCCCACAGCAGCUAAAGUGACCAUUUGGGCCAGCAGUCCCAUCAGGCUAGGCAGGGUGGGUGUGCCCAUGCAAACAAGAUCAGCCCCUGAAGUCCUUUUCCACAGCUCACCACCAGAUGUCAGGGUAGAGCCCAUUCUGACUCUGCUUACACUUCCAUAGCUCUUCUGCGUGCACCCUGCUCUCUAGCCCUGCCCUGGCACAGCCAUCCUGUGCUAGAGAAAUACCUCACCUCCUCCACCCUAUCCUGGCACACGGCCACCAGGGCCGGAGGCUAGAGCGGGGCCGAGGCCUGGAGGCUACCCCCUGGAGCUGCUUGGCGGGGUGCCGCCUGCCCUAUCUACGAGCAGCACGGGACACCGCUCUGACAAAACCAGCCGGCACCAGUACGCGAGAGGCGGGCUCCUGAGAUGUGAUUGUUCCUGCGCCAGACCGUCGCCCCCCGCGCGGGAGUCGCUGCUGUGACGUCUGCGGUUACUAUGGCAAAGCCGUUGCGUGCUGUGUGAUUGGCCGGCAGGGUGGAGGGACACGUCUGCCGCUCGGAUUGGUGCGCGGCCCAGCCUGGGCUUCCCCCGCCUGAGGAGCGCGGCGGAGCCGGACAGGUGAUGAGGCCCGUGAAUGAGCGCGGGCUGGGCCGGGCAGUCGGAGUGACGGUCGGACAGGGGGCGGGACCCGGAAAGGGAGCGGAGCAGGCUCUGACCCCCCGCGCGCCGGCCUGACGUGGCGGCUUCCCGCACAGGGCGAUGAAGGCGCUGAUCCUGGUGGGCGGCUACGGCACCCGGCUGCGGCCGUUGACGCUCAGCACCCCGAAGCCGCUGGUGGAGUUCUGCAACAAGCCCAUACUGCUGCACCAGCUGGAGGCUCUGCGCCAGGCGGGCGUCGAUCACGUUAUCCUGGCUGUCAGCUACAUGUCGGAGGUGCUGGAGGGGGCGAUGCGGGAGCAGGAGCAGCGGUUAGACAUUCGCAUCUCCCUGUCCCAUGAGAAGGAGCCACUGGGCACAGCGGGGCCCCUGGCGCUGGCCCGGGAGCUGCUGACUGAGAGCUCGGAGCCUUUCUUCGUCCUUAAUAGCGACGUGAUCUGCGACUUCCCCUUCACAGACAUGGUGCGCUUCCACAAGCACCACGGCAAGGAGGGCUCCAUCGUGGUGACAAAAGUGGAGGAGCCCUCCAAGUAUGGGGUGGUGGUGUGCGAAGCUGAGACGGGACGCAUCCACCGGUUUGUGGAGAAACCCCAGGUGUUUGUCUCAAAUAAGAUAAAUGCCGGCAUGUACAUCUUCAACCCCAGCCUCUUGCACAGGAUCCAGCUGCGGCCCACCUCCAUAGAGAAGGAGAUCUUCCCGGUGAUGGCUCAGGAUGCGGAGCUCUAUGCUAUGGAGCUGCAGGGCUUCUGGAUGGACAUUGGGCAGCCCAAGGACUUUCUGACGGGCAUGUGCAUGUUCCUGCAGUCGCUGAAGGUCCAGCACCCAGAGAGGCUGCACGCGGGCCCUGGCUUUGUGGGGAACGUGCUGGUGGUGGUUAUUCUGUUGGAUGGAACCAGAGACCUUUUCUUGGCACUGAUGAUGAAGCCGUGCCCCUGGAGGAGAUUCAACAUCCAAGAUGUGGUCCUCUGCACCGCUGGAGUUCUGAUUGGGAUGUUGUCGAGAAUAGAGUACAGGUGAACCUCAGAAGUCUGUGGUGGCAUGAUCAGAUGGGGAUAUGGAGAUAUGCGUCUGCAAGAGGUACUGAAGUCAAGAAGUCCCUCUGGACAGGGAGGACACUCUACAGGCCAGGGUCUCCAUCAGAAGCAUUGUUUUCUUCAUCCACUUGUUCAGCCUUUUGAGGUUGAGAAUGGCUCUGAUACCCACCAUGUGCUUCUGCACAAUGAAGAAGAUGGAGUACAACCUGGCAAACCUUUUUCUGAGGGAACAGUCUUGGUCAUGCCAAUAUCCAGAUGAUGAGAUAUUUCAUUCUGGAUCAAAUUGUUUUUUACAGGGUUGUUGAAACUAAGUGACUGGAUGAAGAAUGGAUGGGGUAGAGGCCACAGUUCGAGGGACUAUCCCUGACUCACUAUCACCCUGAUUAACUUCUCUGUGGUUAAAGAAAAACAUUCUUCUAGAAAAUGGGGAAUUCUGCCCCCUCGCUUCUCCCCUCGCUUCUUGUCAUAAAUUGGAUUUUAGGGGAGCUGAGGUCCCUCUGGAUUUUCCCCAUGGAUUUUGACCCUACUGUUUUCCCUUGGGGAACCUGCUGUCCCUUCACAGGUACCUCUGUGAGGACAAGUAGCGAAAGGCCAGACUUCCACCUUAAUUUAAUUGACUCGUUAGCACUGACCCCCCAUUUGGUAAGGCAACUCCCAUCUUUUCAUAUGCUGUGUAUUUAUACCGUUCUACUGUAUUUUCCACUCCAUGCAUCUGAUGAAGUAGGUUUUAGCCCAUGAAAGCUUAUGCCCAAAUAAAUUUGUUAGUCUCUAAGAUG